ACGUCUGCUCAUCAAGUUAAUCAAAAAGUGCAAGGGACGUUCGUGAUUUAAUUUUCGCUUAUCAAUAAAAUAGUUUCGCGUCGGAGUUUCAGUAAUUAUUUUUACUCAAAAAUCAUUGCACCAACGACGCGGUAAAUUCAGGUUGCAGUUGGUUUUCUUAUAUAACAUUAUUACUCCUGUAAUGGUCAUAAUGACGUGGUUUCACUAAUGCUGCUGUUCAUUGGACCCAAUCUGAGUUCGUUCCGCAAGUGAAUUAGGUAUUCCGAUAAUCGUCAGAGUGGAAUAAUAAGCUAAAACUGCAAAGUGGUUGAUGUUUCGUUGACAUUGUGUAUCGUUUAUUGGUGAUGACUAGAGAGCGAAGGUUACAUUUUUAAGCGAACUUCUCGUUAUCCAAGCUUAGUGAUUGUCGAUAAACCCAUUCGAUGCUUGUAAUUUCGCCGUAUAAAUUACAUAAAAAUUUCCACCCAUAUGCAUGCGAUAAAAUAGUGCUUCUUCCGCUUGCUGUCCUCAUCCACUAACACCCUUCUCGGUUUUAGCCUGAGAUCGAUUUGCAACUUCAGGCAGGCGAACAUAAACUGGUGAACGGGUAUUUAGUGGAUUGCGUGAAAUUACACAAUCACUGUUUUAUUGAGAUUGUGAAUCAAAAAUUCUCGAGAUUGAAGCUGAUUUGGUUUCUGAUAACACGUACAACUACUACAAACGCCUCGAAGUAAACAUAAUAGGUCGGAGUGGAUUGGAACGUCACAGUUUUGUUAACCUAAUUGCAGUGCAUCCGCAGUAGUAGCGAAAAUGAAUUUCCUGCGUUUCGGUCAAUCGGCAGACAUUGAUAUUGUUUUCGACGGAGCGGAGAACAGACAGUAUGCCGACAUCAAAACUGAGGAUGGUAAGAAGGAGAAAUAUUUGUUGUACUACGAUGGAGAAACAGUCAGCGGUAAGGUGAACAUAACACUAAAGAAGCCGGGUGGUAAAUUGGAACAUCAGGGUAUCAAGGUGGAAUUGAUCGGUCAAAUAGAGCUGUACUACGACCGCGGAAAUCAUCAUGAUUUUCUCAGUCUGGUUCGUGAGCUAGCUCGACCGGGGGAUCUCAUUCAGAACACCUCAUAUCCAUUUGAAUUUGCCAAUGUGGAGAAACCUUAUGAAGUAUAUGUUGGCACCAAUGUUCGUCUAAGGUAUUUCCUUCGAGUGACGAUUGUUCGUCGAUUGACUGAUAUAAUUCGAGAGGUUGACAUUGCAGUGCAUACACUGUCUAGCUACCCGGAUACUAACAGUCCGAUAAAAAUGGAAGUAGGCAUCGAAGAUUGUCUCCACAUAGAGUUCGAAUAUAACAAAAGCAAAUAUCAUCUACGUGAUGUUAUAGUCGGUAAAAUAUAUUUUCUGUUAGUUCGCAUUAAGAUAAAGCAUAUGGAGAUCGCUAUCAUAAAAAGAGAACAAACAGGAUCAGGUCCGAACAUUUUCACCGAGAACGAAAUCAUAGCGAAGUACGAAAUCAUGGAUGGUUCUCCGGUGAAAGGCGAAAGUAUACCGAUCCGUGUAUUCCUAGCCGGAUAUGAUCUGACACUUACGAUGCGUGAAAUAAACAAAAAGUUUUCAGUGCGUUACUUCCUCAACUUGGUACUGAUUGACACCGAAGAUCGACGAUACUUCAAACAGCAGGAAAUUACGCUAUGGCGCAAAGCAGAUAAAACACGUAAAUCGCUUACACCAUCGCAAACGGCUGCAAUCGCUGCUGCUCAAGAUCAGCCCGGAACCCAGAUCGGCGCAAGUGGUCAACUUCAACCACAAGCAAACGCUACGAAUCCACACAUACCGCAUCAUUUAGUCGGCCAGGGGCCCGUUAUACAUAAAGAGCCACUGAGCGAAGAUUUCAGCAGCAAUGGUGAGAAAAAUACUGAUGAAAACAAUCCUAUAAUGGGAUUAUUUACCGAAGACAGUUCGCAAUCUGAUAUGCGCCCAAAGCCAGCCGUUCGACAGCGCAUCGAUGAUGCAUCUGCAAAUGGUGACGAUAGUAGGUCUGCGUUAAAAACGAAUGAGUUACCCGUCACGGAUACCACGGAGGAAGAAACACUGCCUCAGACACAGCAACAUUUGCAUCGGGAAGCUGGAGAUGGGGCGGCAUCCAUCUCGCAUACAACAGAUGAGGAGACAUCAUCUUUGUUCGAUGCAAAUGAUUUGAGUUUUAAUGCCAACAAUACAACCAGCACCAGCAAUCCUCCAGCAGCAGUAGCUCCUGUAGAAGAAAUUAUCUCGAAUCCAGUGGAUGCUCUUCCUACGCCAGAGCAGAGUCCAAUUGCGGCAGUAAGACCAGAAGCGGCUCCACGUGAAUCUAAACAACAACAAAAACAACUCGAAGAACCUCUCAUGGAAUGAACCUCUAAAGCACCUUGUCCGUAAGUAGUAAGAUCAGCUACUAAAUAAUAUGCACUGAGGCUUCAAUAUUUACUAUCAUGUCGUUUAUCGUCAUGGUUAAGAGGUCUUUUCGUAGUGUUUUCCAUUAUUAGUUGCGUUUAAUUUCGUUCUCAUAUCUAGUGUUCGCUUUGCUCAAAGCAAAAGUGGGUGUUGUUUUUUUCUACACCAUGUCCGGCGAAGUGGAUGUCUAGCUAAAAAAUCAGAUCACCAACAACAACAAUCGAAAUAAAUCACCUCUUUUUUUACAUAUAACACAGUUUACGUAAAUGCAACCAUCUUCAAAAAAUUAUAGUUGGGAAAUUGAUUCCAAUCACAGAGCAAAGAGAUGUACAAGCGAUGUUCAAAUUUUGAUUGUUCUACUUAUAGCCAAAAUCUAGUUUGAAACGAUACUAACCUUACAUACAUUUACUAAUAAAAAAAGAAUAAUCUUGAUUAACCUAAAAUUAUUUGAGCAAUAUUAUGUAUAUAGAACUAAACUAACAAAAUUUGAACAUCGCUGGCGAGAACUGAAGCACCAACACAGUUUAGGAAAAAAAUACUAAGCAAUCUUCGAGAGAAACUCCAUUUUUUUUCAUACAAAUUAAUAUAUGCAUCCAAUGUUGUGGUCUCAUUCAGAGGUGGAGUAUAAUCCUAGUUAAGUUGAUCAUGUACAUGAUUUGGAAAUGCAAAUGUAGGAUAAAAAAAUGCGCGCCCAUGCAUCUAUUCCUAACCAGUUGGCAGUUAUUGCAUGUUUCUGUCUUAUUUAAGUCGAACAGCAAUGUCCUCCGGUAACUAGAUUUUCGAACCGGUUCGGGCCGAAAAACACAAAAUUAUUAUUUAUAGUUUUUUGCGUUUCCUUCAACUAUUUUGUUGAGCAAUUUUGUAAUGAAAAAAAAAAACCUGUGUUAAUUAGAGCAAGAGGUAGUCAGGACCGCGAAAGUUUUAAGUGAAAAAUUAUUGACAAGAAAACAAAGAAGGUAUCAAAGGAAAUGAAGGGUGUAUGUUUUGUUCCCAUGGACAAAUACAAAUGAUUCAACACAGUCUAGGUAGAUGGCGUAAAAACCAGCUCCGUCAACUGAAAAACAAUUAAGAAAAAAUCAGUGCGUAACUGAAUGGCAGAUUAUAUUAUAUUGAAAAUAAACAAGUUAUGUAUAUCAAUGAA